CGUGUUCGGCCGCCUCAGCCUCGCUCCACCCUUCCGCACCCCACCCGAAGCUCACCAGGACGGUCGACACACACCACUCCACCGGCACAAAAAAAACACAGCCAUGGGUAAGCAUGGCGACCCGCGCAAGUCGCGGAGCAAGAUCCCGGCCUUCAGCAAGGGCGCGUCGUCGGCGAACCCCGACCGCAAGGCGGGCAAGAAGGCGAACGGGUCCGGCGGGUCCCUGCGCGACAAGGCGACGAUCAACCGCAUCAACAUGUACAAGGGCGGCCGCGUGAAGCGCGACAAGAAGGGCGUCGUCGUCGAGGGCGAGCUCGCGCGGCGCGACCGCGCGGGCAACUCCGAGAUCACGGGCGCGACGGGCCGCGUGCAGCCGGACCGGCGCUGGUUCGGCAACACGCGGACCAUCGGCCCGGGCGAGCUCGACAAGUUCCGCGAGGAGAUGCGCGAGGUCGCGUCGAACCCGUUCGCCGUCGUCCUCAAGCGGAAGAAGGUGCCGACGAGUUUAGUGAACGAGGCCGAGGGCGACCGGAGCGCCAAGGCGAAGCGCGAGGAGCUUUUAGCCGCCCAGCCCUUCGAGGGCACCUUCGGGCCGUCGAGCUCCCGGAAGCGCUGCGCGCUGCCCGCGGCCGUCGCCGCGCUGAGCGGCGCGCCCGGCCUCGAGAAGCUCGCGGCGACGGCGCGCGCGCGCACGGACGUCUACGAGGAGAAGUACGCCGACGGCCGCGGCGACGCGCGCGCGCUCGAGAGCGAGCGGGCCCGGUCCGCGGACUGCUUCGCGCGCGACACCGCGCGCGACGACCUCUUCGCCAAGGGCCAGAGCCGCCGCAUCUGGGCCGAGCUCUACAAGGUCCUGGACUGCAGCGACGUCGUCGUCCACGUCGUCGACGCGCGCGACGUGCCGGGCACGACCUGCGACCGCGUCGUGACGCACCUCAAGAAGACGGCGACGCACAAGCAUUUGCUCUUCGUCGUCAACAAGUGCGACCUCGUGCCGAACUGGUGCGUCCGCAAGUGGCUCGCGCACCUGGGCCAGACGGCGCCGACCUUGGCGUUCCGCGCGUCGACGACGAAGCCCUUCGGCAAGGGCGCCCUCCUCGACGUGCUCUGCCAGUACGCGAAGCUCCACGGCGACGCGAAGCAGAUCUCCGUGGGCAUCGUCGGCUACCCGAACGUCGGCAAGUCCGCGGUCAUCAACUCGCUGCGCGCGAAGCAGGUCUGCAAGGUCGCGCCGAUCCCGGGCGAGACCAAGGUCUGGCAGUACGUGACCCUGACGAAGCGCGUCAACCUCAUCGACUGCCCCGGCGUCGCGGACGACGCGAACGCGGUGCUCAAGGGCGUCGUCCGCGCGGAGCGGCUGCCGGACCCGACGCUCUUCCUCGUGCCGCUGCUGCGGCGCUGCGACCCGAAGCACGUGCGCAGCGCCUACGACCUGCCCUUCGACGGGUUGGCGGGCGGCGACGGCGACGACGCGGCGGCGACGGCCUUCGCGGAGGCGCUCGCGCGGAAGAUGGGCCGGCUGCUGCGCGGCGGCGAGCCCGACGUGCGCACGGUCGCCGUGCAGAUGAUCAACGACUGGCAGCGCGGCAAGCUGCCCCACUUCGUCCCGCCGCCCGCCGCCGCCGGCGACGGCGUCGCGUCCGGCGAGCCCGAGGCCGCCGCGGACGACCUCGCCGCGCUCGAGGACGCGAACGAGGCCGCGGCCCAGACCGCCCUCGACGGCGAGGCGGCCUAACUUCUCGCUUCGAUCU